AUGCUUCACAUAUCGAGGCUUGCAGACUCGCUGGACCUGAAGCACACGGCAGUUCAUGCGCGAUCCACAUGGCAGUUCACCUCUGUCGGCUUCCUUCUCAGACGCCUUCUAGAACGUGUCGAUGAACACCUUCUCGAUCAAUACGGGUAA